AGUUUCUUAUUUCUUCUUCAACUAUACUAAAAAAAUUUCGUGUUACUUUAUCACCAAGCCGAUGCGCGCUGCGGUCGAUCAAUCUUCUUUGAAGCAAUAUUUAAGGAAUUUAUCUCACAAGACACGUCUUUUCAGUCGCGUGGCACCUUCCACGAAUCACUUUACGCGUUAUCUUUUCAUUUUCGCUGAUUUGGUAUUUUUUUUUUUUUUUUUUCUCGAGCUUCUGCAGUAAGUGCGGUACCCGGUCUCUCGCCAUUUCAAUCAGUUCAGUUUUGACUGCUCAUCACACCGCACAGGCGGCGACCGUAACUGACCCCUAACUGUCAGGUAAUUUGAUUGUGAUCGCGACAAUCGUCGAAAUUUGAACAUUGACCAAGGCCAUUGAAUUUCGCAAAUACGAUGAGUUACCUCAAGUCACUGGGGACUUCCUUCGUCUACAUCGCUUUUUUCCUCGCGGUCAUUACCUUUUCACCUGGCUUGCCACCUAAUGUGUCCUUCACGGAAUACAGUACCAAACCUCCCCCAGCAUACACCGGUGUUUUAGCUCCAAACGAACGACUCAACAAUCCAGAAAUAUUGUUCCAAGGUCAAGUUCUUGGGGCCGAGAGUUUUGACUCUUUCAAUGGUCAACUUUACACAGGAAUGCACGACGGAUAUGUCGGUAGAGUCCUUGACAAAAAAAUUGUGCCCGUUGUUCGUUUUGGCAAGGAUUGUGCUGGUCUCUGGGAGGAGGAAAAAUGUGGUCGACCUUUGGGACUCAAAUUUGAUAAACAAGGUCGUCUCUAUGUUGUUGAUACUUAUUAUGGUAUUUUCAAGGUCAAUGUUGAUACUGGCAAGUAUGAACGGAUCUUUGAUCCCAGUAAACCCAUCGACGGCAAAGUACCUAUUUUAUUCAAUAGCAUAGAUGUUGCCGAUAACGGUGAUCUCUACUGGACCGAUUCCUCCUCUGACUUUAAAUUGUUUGAUGGCAUAUUUUCUCUUUUCGCUGAUCCUUCUGGCAGGUUGAUCCGUUAUAAUGCAGCAACGAAGAAAAACGAAGUGCUGUUAAAAAAUCUGGGUUUUGCAAAUGGUGUGAAACUAAGCGACGAUGAGAGUUACGUGUUAGUGGCUCAAACAUUCAUGGCAACGAUCGUCAAGUAUCAUUUGAAAGGUGCAAAUGCUGGAAAGAGCGAAAAGUUUGAUGGACUUCCAGGAUUCCCGGACAACAUACAUUCAGACAGUUUAGGCAAUUAUCUCGUCAGUAUAAUAACACCGGCUGAUCCGGAGCAUCCUCAACUGAUUCAGACAUUGGGACCGCAUCCUUACUUGAGAAAAAUGAUCGCCAGGCUUUUGAGUCUAGCAGAACUACCGUUUAAAUUAUUGGAUGAUCUUUAUCCUAACGAUAUCGCUAAAAAGGUUAUUCAUGCGAUCGGAUCUUUUCAGACCUUCUCAUUUCUUUAUCCUAAAAAUGUGUUGGUAUUGAGAAUGAAUGGCAAUGGGCAAAUUUUGGACGCUUUGCACAAUUCUGAUGAGAAGAUGUCGGCUAUAAGCUCGACUUUUGUUCACAAUGAUUAUGUUUGGUUCGGUUCACCAUACAACGAUUACAUUGCUCGCAUUCCCGUGAAACAAGCUUUUCCUGGCGUACAAUUUGUCAGGAGCAAAAAUCAUGCUAAAAUUACUCGCGAGGCUCCCCCGAAAGUGGUAAAACAUGUUGAGUCUUCCAAACCAACUACAACGACUCCAAAACCUACUACAACGACUCCGAAACCAACCACAACGACUCCAAAACCAACCACGACUCCGAAACCAACCACAACGACUUCAAAACCAACCACAACAACUCCGAAACCAACCACAACGACUCCGAAACCAACCACAACAACUCCGAAACCAACCACAACUCCAAAACCAACGACAACUACUUCAAGACCAACGACCUCCACUCAAAAAGUAACAACGACUCCUCGUCCUCCAAAAACCACCCAAAGACCCACUCAAGCUCCCCCAAAACCAAUCAAAGUUGAGCAAACCAAGCCUGCUCCGGAAGUCUACGUAGAACACGCACAAAAACCUCAGCCACAAGAAACUCCAAGAGAAAUCUAUGACGAAUCCAUGAAGCCGUUGAGGGAAGUACCUUCCAGAGAAGAGACCGAUGAGCUUCCAAGACCAAUUAAUGUAGCUGCUCCAACUGUACCACCUUCACACAGAGGAAAAAAUAUCGAGGAAACUAAGUCGGAUGGGCAUGAGGUGAAACAACAUGACGAGAUGUAAAUUUGCAUCGACCAACCACUAUUCUAAUAUCAUUCCCAAAAACAUUCCGUGGGUCGACUCGAUUCGGUCGUUUUUUUUUUACAAAGAUUUUGAACAAAACAACUGUUUCAAACAUUAACAUUGCUGGGGUGCAACAACUUUCAUAUUUUUUAUUCUCAAAGUUUUUCUUCAGAACAAAUUUUAAGAAUAUCAUCAAUUAGGUACCGAACAGAUUAAUGCACAUUCACAACGCCGCUGAGCAUAUGCAAAACUGAUGCGGCAACUGAAUAUUGAAUCUAUAAACUCGAGGUAUAAAAAUCUAAGAAUUUUCAUUGUAGUCCAACAAUGUUAAUGUCAAUUCCAUCAGAAAUGACUCGUACUCUUACGAAAAUUUAGUCAGUUUCUAUUCUUCCAUUAUUUGUAAUAUUUCAUGAACAAUUUAAUGAUUCAACGAUAUACGCUAUUGAAUACCAUCGCAGUUCAGUGUUGAACCUCGAUAAACAAAAAUUUUUCUUUAUUACUAAACUGCUAAGCAGUGUAUUCCGACGCAGAGUUAUACAUUUAUAUUGUAAACUAGACACUGUGAUCUACGACUGUAAAUAAGGUUGAGAAUAUCAUUGUUUUUUGAAAGUUUUCUAUGGGUGAUUGGUACAUAUAUACACAUUUAUAUAUCUACAAUGUAGUUGUAAAAUAUACAUGCAUAUUGUAGGUUUACAAGUUAAGGAUACGCUCUUAAAAACGAAACCAAGGUUUUUAUCGUUACUGAUAGUUCGUUGACGAUUUUCCCAGCACCAGACACGUCCAUUAACUAAUGUCUCGUUAAAAUAAAUGGAGCAUUCCAAGUUAUUUCAAGUAACACCGAGCUUGAAUCUCAUGAAAGUUUUUUGUAAUAUAAAGACCAUCAGCAGCACUAUCCAAGCCAAUUUUCAGAUUUUUUUCUCAGCGUUGAUGUAAGAGUUACAAAUUUUCAAGAAACUCAGCUCCGGAAAAUUGGGAAAAGUCUUAAUGUCUGUAUCUCCGAAAUUAAUCAACGUAUCAGAAAAUGUAAUUACAUCAAUUCUUUUCGUUUUCGUUCAUACCUUGAGAAAAAAAACAACGAAAAUGUUUAUUCCGCAUCUGGAUCUGAGGCUAUUUUUUAAAUUAGUCGUGGAGAUGAAGCGUUGGGACGUUUACGAACUUGGCAAAAUCGGGUUUUUUUUUUAAAUCUCUUGUGAGACGUGAGAAAAAAAUCUGAAAAUUGUAUAGUUUAUUAUUGUAAAAGAAUUUGAAUAAAAUCAAAAUGGUCAGCUAAGAGAUAGCCACUCGCGAAGGUGUGGAAUGCCUCGUAUACAUAUUUGAGAUUGAAAAAUAUAUUAUUCUGGAUUACCUCCUUCUGGGGUGUGAUAAAAAUUGAUGUAUCACACGGUGAAGUUCUUCCGAAUAAACAUUUGAUGAAAUCUUCCAA